AUGAUUUCAAAUACUUUGAAUUAUAAUCCCAUUGAGGAUAUAACGAAUAUAUUGGUUCAUAGAGAGGCGUUGGACAAUAUUGACGAGUUGAUUAACACCACAGCGAGUUACAGAGCUUCUUUGAUGGAUGGCAGCAGCAAUGCUGACCCUUUGAGUGCUGAAAGUGCUGCCAGUCCCCAUAGUGGACCCCCAGUGCUCGACAUUGUCAGUAUAUUCAAUGAGUUUGAAGGGACAAAAGUAUUCGCAAAGAAAUCACAGGACACCAUAUCGAAUCUGAUCAAAGAUAUCUCCCAUUUGGAUAAUGCAAAGAAGAAUAUCACUCAUUCAAUGACUUUUUUACAGCAUCUUAAAAUACUCAUGCAAAGUUACACAGUUUGUUCAAUGUGUUUGAAAAAUAAAUCUUUUGAUUUGGAGAUGUCUUCGAAUUAUAAAAUCAUGUGCUCUUUGGCUGAUAGUACUUUCGAUAAUUAUAAAUCGGUCGAUGAAAUUGUGAACUUGUUAAGAUUGGUGAAAGUACUGAAAGCAGAUAUAUCCACUGAAAUCAUCAAUGUCUACAAGAAAAUAUUGGCAAAAAAUCCAGGUGCGAAAGAUGAUUCCUCUAGAAUAUCCAAUAACUUAUCUACAGAUUUGAAGCAAUGUAUCUACGAAAUAUUAGAGACUGAUAAUGCAACAAAGUCAAAAUUAAUGGAUUUCUGUAUCGACAAGUUGUUAUACGAAAUUAAGGAAAUCUUCCAAUUGGAUGAUGAAGCAGGUUCUUUGGAUAAUUUGCCAAGACGUUACAUCUUCUUUAAAAAGAUUUUGAACAACUACAAGGAAAACUUAAGUGAAUAUUUCCCAGAUGAUUGGGAAAUCCAACUCAAGUUGACUGGAACAUUCUACUCAUGGAUAUCUACUGACUUGAAAGUCCUGUUGAAAAAGGAGUUUAAUGAUGCCAAUCCAUCGAUCGAUUUAUUCAUGACUGUUCUGCAGGAUACUUUGGAGUUUGAAAGAUACAUUGACUUAAGAUUCUCCAGAAAAGUCAAAGUUAAAAAGAUCUCAACUGCUUUCGAACCAUAUUCGUCUCUAUGGAUUAAAAACCAAGAUAAAUUAAUGGAUGAAAAAUUCUUAACAUAUUUAAGUGAAAAUAAGAUUCCGGACAAUUUGAAUAAUCAAUCACUAGUGAUUCAAUCUAGUGCUGAUCUAUUUAGAACAUACCGUUCCAUCCUCUCACAAUCGUUCGAGUUAAUGGGAAAUGGAUCUAACGGUGAAGGAAAUAACACAAUGAAUGAUCACAUUUUAAAAUCAUUAGCUAUUUUUUUUUCUAAAUGGUUGAAUGAAUACUCAAAGAAACUUUUAACCCCAUUGAUUUUGCCAGAAAGAGAAGAAAUCAAAAAUAAAGAGGAAGCAAUUAAAUACACAUUAUUAAUGAUUAAUACUACAGAUUAUUGUUCAAGAACAAUUAGUCAAUUGGAAGAAAAGUUGUUAGAAUUUUCACAAAAUAAAAAUGAGAUUUCAAAUAUAUUUGUUCCUAUUAAAAAUGUUUAUGGUAAUUUAUUAGCUUCAGGUAAUAAUACUUUACUAACUAGAAUAUUACCUUUGGAUUUGGUAUAUGUCUGGAGAGAAUUCAACAACACGAAUUGGUCAAAUAUAUUGGUAGAAGAUUAUAGUAGAUAUAUGAUCACUUUGAAAAAUACGUUGACAACAACUGAAGCUACUUCCACUAAUACUGACGAUAUCGAGUCCUCGGCUCCUGAAAAGACUAAACAAACUACUAUUGAAUUGAUAUUAAAAUAUUUCAAUAGAGAUGUAUAUAGUUGGAAUUUUCUGGAUAGAUUAAUUGAUUCAAUAACCAACAGUUUUAUUGGAUGUAUAAUUAAGCUUCUACAACCUCAACCUCCAUUCAUUCAAGGAAACACUAUUAUAAAAAGAAAACUUGAUUCCAGGAAAGUUGUGCUCAUUGGUGAACAACUUUUAUUAGAUUCUCAAUUGUUAAAAGAUAUUUUUAAUAAUUUAGUUUUAAAUAUGGAAACUGAUUCAUUGCAGAAUACAUCAUCUAAAAGAGUGAAAAAGCAUAUAAAUAAUAAUAUAGAUCAGAUAUUAAGUUUUGUCAAACUGAUUAUGGUACCAAUGAAUUCUCCAGAAGAUUAUUGUGAUAAUUAUAAUAGAUUAACCAAUAAAAACACAAAUCCAAUUGUCUGGGCCUUUUUAUUUUGCAUAAAGGGAAUUGAAUGGGAUUUGAAUGUUUGGAAAUCAUACUGGAAAGUUUUUACUUUAGACGUAAAUGAAAGAGAUUCUCAAGAAAUCAUUGAGGAGAGGGGUGAUAAAUCUAAGACUGCAACCAAGACACCAGCAAAUAACUCUGAAUUUAUAUUUACUUGGCAGCCUGCAUUGUUGUCUAAUUUCCAAAAUAAUCUUUACAGAAUUGAAGAUGAAAAAUGGCUUGUUUUUAUAAAACAACAAAUGAAAAUACCAGCUCCAAAGAGAUCAAUUGCAAGCAGGCACGUUAGGUAG